CGAAUUGGCAUGAACUUUGUAGGCGGGGUCACAUUCCGAACAUCAACUCAGUUUUGAACACCGACGGGUAGCACUGACAGGUCUCCAUGGGCCAACAGACAGAAACGGAACACCACUGAUAUCGCCCAUGCUGCUGCUAAAGAGCUAACGCCUUGUUCAUGCCCAGGGUUAGGCUAGAAGUUCCACGUCGACUUUACUGCCAUUUUCCCUCGAGGUUCAUACAGACCUCCCGUCGGGCAAAAGCGAAGCCCACAGAGAUGACGUCGAGCAAAUUUCUCCAAAGGAAAGCCAGGAUACUCUCGGAUCUCGAAGUCCCCGACUCAACCUAUACGGAUGCGUCCCCCAAGGGAUCUGUGGACGAAGGGGUCCGGGAGCUGAUUUCCGAGAUAAACUGCCAUCCGGGCAUCGUGACGACCAGCUCAUGCGCCGGGCGGGCCAGCGUCUUCCUCGAGGGCCACAAGGUUCUGCCAACGCAGGACGCCCCCGACGGGACGGCGCCCGGGGGUCCUGAAGGCCCUCAACCGUCACAGGUCGCCGGCGAGGUUGGCGGCAAGGGCGGCGGCGGCCACUGGCUAUACGUGUCGCAUGACCCAUUCGAUGCUGGUGCGGGCGAGCACCGCUCCUGGGCUUCCCUGUUGUUCGGGGACCCCCACAUGGCUGGCCCAACAGGUCCCGUGGCUCCUGGCAAUGCUGAUGGCUCUGGCCCUAAGAGGCUCAUCCAUUUCAAGUUCGAACCCAUGAUCCUGCACGUCCUGACCGCGUCCCCGGAAGAUGCCCAGUCGGUCCUGCGCUGCGGGCUGGAGGCUGGGUUCCGAGAGUCGGGGGCCAUAAACCUGACGACGGCCCAGGGCCAAGUCACGCCCAUGGUGGCCAUUCGGUCCAUGGGUCUGGGGUUCGAAUCCAUCAUAGGCAUGCAGGUCGGGGGAGAGAACAAGUGCAUUGUCUCGCCCGAGUACCUGGCGCUGCUCGUCCGCACGGCCGACGAGCGCUUUGCGCAGAACCGCAAGCGGACCGAGCGGUUCCGACAGGCCCUCGCCGCGCUCAGAGGGCCGGCGGGCGAGCAAGCUGGAAGGUCAGUGUGGGAAGAUGCGGCCGCGAGGCGGGAGCGCAAGAAGGCCGAGGGCUUGCGGAAGAAGGCCGAGAUGACGCAGCAGAGGGAGCGGCAGCAGGCAGAACCAGAUGGUGCACCGUCGGACCUGGAGUCGGGGGUGUCGGCAUGACCGUGGAUAAACAAACAUGCACAUGCUCUCCAACCUCACGUACGCCAGGCCGCGCGUGAAGGCGCAGUAUCGUACAUUUUAAAAACAGUCGAGGCUAGCGGGCGCGUUCUCCAUGGACGGCAAGCAUCAUGACACAACCUUUUCGACCCAGCCCUUCUCCAGCUUCCGCACCUCCUCCUUGAACGCCUCCACCUCCUUCCAGCAGUCCAGCGGCCGCC